AAGUGCUCCUAGUUUCCUGCACAAAGUUGAAAAAAGAGGGAAAAUGGUGGAAAGAGUUUGGGAGGAGAUGGAGGUUAAGGUACCAGCAAGCGAAGCCUGGAAGCUCUACGGCAGCCUCCUACUAGCGAAGGUCGUGGUCGAAGCGCUUCCUGAUCACUUCAGCAAAGUCGAGGUCGUAGAAGGCGAUGGCUCCGCCGGAACCAUCCUCCACAUCUUUUUAGCUCCAGGGACGGCGGGGGCGGCGUCAUACAAGGAGAAGUACACGGUGGUGGAUGACGAGAGACGAGUGAAGGAGGCGGAGUUGGUGGAGGGCGGGUUUUUGGAUCUGGGGUUUACACUUUACAGGGUGCGGGGGGAGGUGAUAGAGAAGGCGGGGAAGAAGGAGGAGUGCAUCGUGAGAGGCACCAUAGAGUAUGAGUUGAAAGAGGAAGCUGCUGGCAAUGCUGCUUUGGUAUCCAUUGAGCCCCUCCGUGCUCUCAUGCAGGCUGCCGCAGAUUACCUGACCAAAAACUACAACACCAACGUCUGACGCACAUCCAUCUCCAUCUCCAUCUCCUGCUACUCUUUCUGUGUUAUUAAUUUGAUCUCGUUUGUGAUUUGUGUAAGUUAGUUCAUGUUAUGUAUCCGAAUUGGAAGAUGGAGGUUGGGGCUGUUUCUUCAAAGACUUUGAAUAAAAAGGAUAAAUGCGACGACUUCCUCCGCAAAUAAAUAGUUCAUUUAUCAACAUCAUUUGUGCCGCCCUGCAACUACAAAUGUUUAUAUCACCAAUUGACAAUCACAUUUCUCUUU